AUGGCACGCCAGCAACUUCCUUCGCAGUCCGCCAUCUUAGGUAGCGAAAAACAUGAGCAGGAGGACAUCGAUGAACUAAUUGCUUCACUUCCCCAAAGCAAAGGUGUGGUAAGUCGUUUCCAGUCCCUCUACCAAAAUUUUUGGUGCCCGGACAACGUGCUUCCCAACGUGAUCGCGUUUCAGCGGCACCAUCAAGCCAAGUACAAUGACAUUGUCCUGGCCUCUGAGCCCAAAACAGGAACUACUUGGUUAAAGGCCCUAGUAUUCUCUAUCGUGAACCGCUCUCGCUUCGACAUCUCCAACACACCGUUGCUCACUUCAAACCCCCAUGACCUUGUCCUUUUCCUCGAGUUACAGCUGUAUAGAAGCAACCCGAGGCCCAACCUUGACAGCCUAGCAGAACCGAGGCUCUUUGCUACACACGUCCCUUAUCCAUCCUUGCCGGAGUGCAUCAAGCGGUCGGGCUGCUGGAUCAUAUACAUCUGCCGGAACCCAUUGGACACUGUGGUUUCGGCUUGGCACUUCUUCCUCGAGUUGGCGCGGUCGGAGGACCACCCGGCGUGGUCUUUGGAAGAGCAUUUCGAGGCCUAUUGCAAAGGAGAAAUGCCGUUCGGGCCCUUUUGGGAGCACAUGGUGGGUUUUUGGAAGGAGAGCUUGGAGAGGCCACACAAUGUGUUGUUCCUCAAGUACGAGGACUUAAAGGAAGAUAUUGGAGGACAACUGAAGAAGGUGGCCAAGUUUGUGGGGCUUCCCUUCACUGAGCAGGAAGAAGAGGAAGGUGUAAUUGAAGAGAUAGCCAAAAUGUGUAGCUUGAAGACCCUCAAGGACCUAGAGGUCAACAAAUCUGGCAAAGUACCUAUGACAAUCAAGUUCGAGAAGAGAAGCUUUUUUAGGAAAGGUGAGGUGGGUGAUUGGGUCAAUCAUCUCACUCCUUCCAUGGCGGAUCGCCUCAAUAGUAUCGUGCAAGAGAAAAUCAGCCCCUUUGGCUUACAAUUCAAAACACGUUGA